AUCGGCGGCCGCCGUCCCGGGGAAUUCAAAACGGCGCGAAGGGAAGAAGUUGCCCGCUGCGGUCCUGAGGCGAAAGAGCGGCGCUCGUUGUGGCGGCAGCCUUGGCGAGCUGCGAAAGGCGUCUUUUUCCCGCAUUUCGGCCGCUGCUGCGAAUGACCGGAGGUAUUCAGGGAUGGCUUAGAGUGCCCCUGCCUUGAGGGAGGAGGCGAAACGAAAACUGCAGUCUUUGUUCAAGCAGCCCUCUUGUCUUCUGAAGGAAGGAGGGUUUUUAGAAACAAGCUGUUAGCUUUUCUUCAGUAUGGAUGUAACAGGAACAUUCUUCAACAAACUGCGAACUUUGGCAGUCACUUUGGAGAAGCAGGCUGAGCAAUUUAAGCAAAUUUUACUGGAAAAUGAAGAAUUUGAAGAUGAUUCUCCAAUGAGAUAUCUACAUGAACUGUACUCUGAAGCCAGAAUGCUAAAGGCUGAUGCUGAUAAUAUUCUACAUACAAGUUCUUCAGAAAGAGAUGCCACAUACGACUUCAUAAAGGCCAGCAAAGUUCUGAUGAAGAGAAAUGCAACGAAUCUUGAAAAAAUAAGAGAUCUCUUUCAGAAAUAUGGUUACAAGCCACUUAUUGGCAAGAAUGAAGCCAUAAAGGUUGAUGAUGAAACCAAUGCUGGAUCAGCAUUAUCCGAUCAAAUAGAGCCAAAACCUCUUGCUUUUCCUCAAAUAUCAUCUGGAUCUCAUAGCGUCCUGGAAACUCCUCAACUUUCAGAUUUUGGGCUUUCAAAAUAUGUCCUUCCAAGUUCUUCAGACACAGUACACAUUCCACAUAGCCAGAAUGAAGAGGUGAAAGUGGAUAAAUCUGAAUAUUUGUCACCCAAAGGAGAAUAUUUUAAUAUCUACGGGCGUGAUCUGUCUGUAAAUGAUGAAACCACAAAUUUAAUGGAUGACCAAACAAUCUUUUUGCUUAAUAAAUCAAGAAAAAAUAGAUCAGCAAGGGUGAUGGUAUCAGAUCAGAAUCUGGCAGCGCUCAGGCAAUCAAAUGAAGCAUGUGAUUAUGAUUGUUUCGCCUCACCUGCUACACCUGAGUUCCGCACACCUGGAGUGAAAAUUCCCCACAGAAAGACCGUUUUAUCAGUCUCUCCAGAAAGUAAUCAUUUGGAAAUACCUCCACUUGAUACAAAAUCUCAGCACACACAACCUAUGCAUGUAAGUGCCACUAAGAUACUGCCAGAUAAUCAUCUUAUAAAAGACAGUGUUCAACCUGUCCUGGAUUCAGACAAAUAUCUGGAAUGUACUGAAGAACCUUCUCCUCCAGCAACGUCAAUACAUGAGGAUCUCUUCAAUUCACCAUUACCACCCCCUGAAAUAACCGUGAUUCCAAAGAAUCUUUUGCAGAUUUUAUCCCGGUACAAUCCAAAUAUAGAUGUACCCAGGUCAGCUGUGAAAGGAACUAAAGAAGAAAAUGCUUCACAAUUUGAAAAAAAGCCAUUUCUUUGUACUGAUAACAAAGAAAACAGAAAAUACUUUGGAUGAAAUGAAGAUUAAAUGUGAAUUUUUUUUCUUCGACUACCAGUCUAAAGGUUCUUUACUUUGUGAAGUGUAACUUUAAUUUUAAACUAUUCAAUGUUUACUUUCCUGUAAAAAUUAUCAAAAUAAAAUAACGAACAUAAAUAUAACUAAAUAUCAUUUAUAUGCUGUUAGUUGAUUAAAUUAUUCAUAAGUAUGUUGUCUUUUGAAUCACUGCAGUUGUUAAAUGAACCAUGUAGUUGCUAAGCAAAUCUGGCUUCUCCCAUUGACUUCUUUGCUUGUCAAAUAUAUGCCAGUUGACAAGUGCCCGAAUUUGGAUCAUGUGACUAGACAAAUUCUGCAAUAGUCAUGUGAAAACCAGUCAUAAGUAACUUUUUCUGUGCUGUUAACCUAGAACUAUCACAAAACAAAUGGUUGUAAGUUGAGGACUACCUGUAUUUGUGUUUUAUUCCCGAGUUCAGUAUUUUAUCUGCCCUCAAGUGAAUAAAGCUGGGGUUUUUCUCAGAAGCCAAAGAUUAUAGCAGCUUUGAUACAGAAUCAGUACUUGACUAAAGCAUAUUAGCACUUUAAUGCUCCAAUAAAGAACAGAAUAUUUUAAAUUGCUAGACCUACACUUAAUUCUUAUCAAGGAAAAUGUUAUGUAAGUAAACAUUAAUUGCUUCUAAUCAUUUACCUAGUUAACAGAAAAUAGCUUCAUCAGCAUUUAUCAAUCCCAGAAAAUAUAUUAGGGAUUAAAUUAACACUUUUGUAAAGUUAUUAGAAAAAAUAGUUUUUGUGAUUAGCUAUUUGAAUUAUUAGUAAAGUAGGAUUACAGUCAAAAUAAUAUCCUAUGAGAAAUUUAGAACUGUUUCAACAUUUUAGAAAGAAGUUUCCAGUACAGUUGCAUUUCCUAAAUAGAAGGGCAAAAAUGCAACAGUAAGAAUUAGCAUCACCUUCUCAGAUGUAGACUCUAAUGUGAUUGGCAAGAGGUAUUAUGACAUGUGACAUUUCAGACAUGCAGGAUAACCUGCAUAACCUAGGAUCUCAGAAAUAGCUGAGAAAAUCCAGAGUUUUUCACACUUUUGGGGGGAGGGUUAAACAGAUAAAAAGCUGACACAGGAAGAAUUGGAACAAGGGGAAUAUAUAAAGGAAAGGAAGAAUUACUCAGUUUCCCCCAAAAUAAGACAUCCCCUGAUAAGCAGCCUAAUUGGGCUUUUGAGUGCAUGGCAAUAAGGCCAAGCGCUUAUUUCAGGCUUCAAAAAAAUAUAAGACAGGGUCUUAUUUUCAGGGAAACACGGUAGACAGCUUUGGACUGCUGAAGAUGGGCAAUUCCAGACUGAUUCGAAACCAUCUAACUCCUGGCUGCAUUUGCUUCCACUAUUUUGUUCUUUCUGUUUUCUUUUCUCUCAGUCCUCCCAACUUUUCUCUCUACUUUCUUUAUGCAAUUUUAGUGUGGCAAAAUUUUCAAUAUUGCCUGUUUAUUCACAUAUUAAAUAGGAAGUAGCUUUUCUCUUCCAGAAUAAGCAGCAAUGAUUUUUUACUAAGGAAAUUACAUUGCUUGUUUUCUCUGCUGACAAAAGAAAGUUUGUCUUCUUGCAACAGUAAGGUCCUUCUCUUCCUCGUUUCAAAAAAGGAAAAGAGAUAGAGUUGAACUUCCUGUUUUUCAAAGUUAACAUUGAAAUUAGUAUGCCAAUACUUAAAAUUUGGCACUGAAUACCACACUACUAUUUAUAGCUAAACUAACUGUAGUUACCAGUUUUUUUCUUCAGCACAAUAAUUCACAGAGGUGGGGCCUGGUGCAUUCAUAGUGGGAGAGAACAAACAACUAGCUUGAACAUAGUUUUAAACUGGGGUUUUGAAUUAGGGGUUUUAAACGGGGUUUUAAUUGUAUUUAAAAAAAUUUAGGCCAUUAAUCGAAUCAGUUUUUUAUAUAGUUUUUAAUUUGUAUUAUAUGUAUUUUGUCUUUUACUGGCUGUGAACCGCCCUGAGUCCUUCGGGAGAAGGGCGGUAUACAAAUAUAAUAAAUAAAUAAAUAAAUUACAGACACAAAAGUAAAGCAAUGUCAUAACUUUUUUGGAACGUGGCACCCAAAAUGAAAGAAUACACCCUUGGAAUAGUCCAUAUUUUUCUUUGUAUAUUUACUUACUACAGCAUUGUUGAUGCAAGAAUAAGCAUCAUGUAUAUUCUAGUUCAAUUUACAAUAAAAUUAUAUUUAUGAA